CUGCUGUGAUCUGAUCUGACUUUCCCAUCUCAGCCACUUGAUCGCUCUCACUGCAGAGACAGCUUCAAGCUUGCAGAGGAGAGAAGCUUUUUUUUUCUCCUUCUCCCCCCCUGAUGCAGACUGAGGCAGGGCUCCUUCAUCUGGCAGAGAUGGCUGUGUCACCGCUGGAAGGGAAGCAGCCACAGACCUGCAUCUCAGCCCCGAUGCUUGCUCAGUCCUCCCUGCAAGACUGACUUGCUGUGUAUGCAGCAGCAUGCUUGUGCUGUUUUGCCAAGGCAGAGACGGUGGAGGUCGGCUGAGCUGCCUGCAGAAAGGGCUUUUCUGUGUUUUAGGCACGACCAGUGUCUGUGUCUAGUGUCCAGGGCUGGUAACUGCAGCCCUGAACCCUCCCUGUGAGAAGGCACAGCAGUGAAAUCCAAGGAGCCAGGAAGGGGUUGCAUUGAACCUGCUGUUGACCUUCAGCACCCUGGACAGCUAGAGGGGACCCAUAAUCUGGUGCAGAGGGGAUCCAUACUGCUCUGGUGUAGCACCCUGGACAGUGGCUGGAGGGGAUCCAUAGUUCUCUGAUUCAGCACCUUGGACAGCGGCUGGAGGGAUCCACAGUGUCCUUAAUCAGCACCCUGGACAGUGGCCGGUAGAAUCGCUUAAAUCAGCACCCUGGACAGCAGCUGGAAGAGGGAUCCACAGCCGUCUGAUUCGGCACCCUGGACAGCGGUUGAAGGGGAUUCUUACAUCUCGAAUUCAGCACCCUGGACAGCGGCUGCAGGGGAUCCUUACCUCUCUGAUUCAGCACCCUGGACAGCGGCCGCAGGGGAUCCUUACCUCUCUGAUUCAGCACCCUGGACAGCGGCUGCAGUGCAUCCAUAGCUCUAUGAUUCAGCACCCUGGACAGCAGCGGAAGGGAAUCCUUACCUGUCUGAUUUAGCACCCUGGACAGCAGCUGAAUUGGGAUCCUCAGCUCUCCGAUUUAGCACAGUGAUCAGAAUCAGAGACCAGGAUCUAGCACAGUACAUUACACAGCCAUCUGGAUCUCACAAUAACCCCCUCCCUUCCUCUCUGCUCAGAAAUCUGGAUCACUCACUGCUCAGCAGAAAGGAUCUGGUUCAGCACCUUGGGAAAGCGACCUGGAUCAAGCGCCUAUCAAUCAGCCCCCUGUGAUCUGAUCAGCCCCUGAGACAAGGAUCCAAUACCUCACCUUGCAUCUGGAUCCCCUCUUUUAUUUCGAGAUUUUUUUUUUUUAAUCACAACCCCAGGACAGGGAUCUCAGCACCUUGGACAUCAGGAUCUGAUUCAGCCCCUGCCCUAAAAAAAAAUUGCUUCAGCAGCAGACUGGCUCCUUUUAGGUUCCCAUCGUCUGCUAAUUGCAAGGAGCAGCUAACAAACGCCCCGGAAUACAAGUGCUGUACACCUCAAGGCUUCUCCAUGGCUGCUAGCCCAGUGGGUACUGAGCUGGGCUGGGGUAUGUUGUCGGCUUUGGCUUGAAGGGGAAACAAAAAAAGGUUUUAAGGCUUAACCUGGAUCAGGUACAUUGCAAGGUCACAACAACAAUUUUUACCUGUCUACCUUUCACCAACCCAAGCUGGGGAAAAGUAUUUGUCUUCAUUGGAUUUACUGCUCUAAGGAGGUCUGUGAAAGGCUGGAACUGCAAAUAUAUAUAUAUAUUGUUUUGCUUAAAUGUCAAUAAUGAUGUGUCCUCUAGACCAAGUUGGGGGCUAAAGGUAUUAUUAUGUGAACAGGCUGCCAUGCUUAAGCUGUACUCUUCCUCCUUGCCUGCACUGGGGAUGGUACCACAAGCCAAAUCUCUUUGCAUCUGCCCUGUUUCCCCUCCAGUUCCCUCCAGAUGUCGGUUUUAAUGGAGCAUACCCUUUGGAUUACCUAUAGUCAAAAAUCAAGGCUACAUUUCUAGAAUGCCAGUGCUGGAUAAUGGCAAAGGGCAGAGAAGUAACCAGAAAACAAUUUGCAAGACUCUGAGAUCCUCCCUUAGGCACCCUCUAAUAAAUUUAUCUCCAGGUAAAAGGUCCAACUGCAACCGUCUUGACUCCAGAGAGAACAGAUGUCCACAAUGACACAGCUCUCACAUGGGAAUCUACUGUUGGGGAGUACUUGUUUUGGCUGUUCCAAUUUCCAUCUUCUGCCUUGGGGUGCGCCGCCUCAGCUCCCGGGGUUGGUGACCCCAACCGUCCUCCGGUCCUCCAUGCCUGCAUCCAGAUCUCUUGUGGUUCUGCAGAUUUCUUGCAUCUCCAUGCUAUGCUGUUACCCAUCAGAGAUUUGGACAAACCUAUGUGUUCAGAUGACCAGGUGAACACCAAAGAGAUGGUUUCCUAAGCAAGGCUUUUUAACCUGCUCUACAAUGGAAAAACUGUUUGGUUAUCUGUUGUUCAUUGGCAUGGCGGUGAGAGCUGAGAUCUGUCCCAAGCGCUGUACCUGUCAAAAUUUAUCUCCAAACCUUGCAACCUUGUGCGACAAGAAAGGUUUACUUUUCAUCCCUCCGAACAUCAACAGAAAGACUGUAGAGCUACGCCUAGCUGAUAAUUUUGUAACAAAUAUAAAACGGAAGGAUUUUGCUAACAUGACAAGUCUAGUGGACCUGACCUUGUCACGGAAUACAAUCAGUUACAUCACCCCCCAAUCGUUUGGCGACUUGCGCAAUUUAAGGGCGUUACAUUUGAACAGCAAUCGAUUGACUAAAGUCACCAAUGACAUCUUUAGUGGGCUUUCCAAUCUCCAUCAUUUGAUACUCAACAACAACCAAUUGAUCGUGAUUUCACCAACAGCCUUUGAUGAUGUUUUGGCUUUGGAGGAACUUGACCUGUCCUACAACAACCUUGAAACUAUUCCAUGGGAAGCAGUGGAAAAAAUGGUUAGUUUGCACACACUUAGUCUGGAUCACAACAUGAUUGAGCACAUCCCUAAGGGGACAUUCUCACACUUACACAAGCUAAACAGAUUAGAUGUAACAUCUAAUAAACUUCAAAAAUUACCACCAGACCCUCUCUUCCAGAGAGCUCAGGUGCUAGCAACCUCAGGUAUGAUAAGUCCUUCUGCAUUUGCUUUGAGUUUUGGUGGAAAUCCAUUACAUUGCAAUUGUGAAUUAUUAUGGCUGAGACGCCUUUUGCGAGAGGACGACUUGGAGACAUGUGCUUCUCCGCCUCUUCUGUCAGGACGGUAUUUCUGGUCCAUCACCGAAGAAGAUUUUUUGUGCGAGCCCCCACUUAUUACCAGAUACACGCCAGACGUUGAAGUUUUAGAAGGACAAAAAGCUGUUUUAAAAUGCAAAGCCCUUGGAGAUCCCGAGCCAGCAGUCCACUGGAUAUCACCAGAAGGAAAGCUAAUAUCCAACGGGACACGCAUUUUUGUCUACGAUAACGGAACACUGGACAUCCUGAUAACCACAGUCAAGGAUGGUGGGCCUUUCGCGUGUAUUGCUUCUAACCCAGCCGGAGAGACAACGAAGACUAUCAACCUCCAUAUAAUUAAACUCCCGCAUUUAGUGAACAGUACAAAUCAUAUCCAUGAGCCAGACCCUGGAUCAUCUGAUAUUUCCACCUCCACCAAGUCAGGGUCUAAUGCCAGCAGUAGCAAUGGGGAUACAAAAAUAAGCCAAGACAAAAAGGUGGUGGUGGCCGAGGCAACAUCCUCCACUGUACUCAUUAAAUUCAAUCUUCAAAGGAAUAUACCGGGAAUACGGAUGUUUCAAAUACAGUACAAUGGCACCUACGACGACUCCCUUGUUUACAGAAUGAUUCCUCCAACUAGCAAGACAUUCCGUGUUAAUAACUUGGCUGCGGGAACUGUCUACGACCUGUGUGUCUUGGCAAUCUACGACGAUGGGAUCACCUCUCUCACGGCUACAAGAGUUAUCGGCUGCAUCCAGUUUACAACCGAGCAAGAUUACGUCCGUUGCCAUUUUAUGCAGUCCCAGUUCUUGGGAGGCACCAUGAUAAUUAUCAUAGGCGGGAUUAUUGUUGCAUCCGUGCUUGUUUUCAUAAUUAUCCUCAUGAUUAGGUAUAGGGUUUGUAAUGGUAAUGGCCAGCAGAAGGCGACGAAAGUCAGCAACGUGUAUAUACAAACUAACGGAUCCCAGAACCAAGGUUGCGGUGCAUCAUUGCCGCCAUCUGCUUCCAAGCAGAUCGUUGAGCAUGAAGAGAGUGCUCAGUGUUGUAAGUCUACUGACAGUGGCGCACCUUCUUCGGACACUUGCUCAAGCCAAGGUGCUGCCGCUGCCGCUGCCGCUACCUCUGCUCCUCCUCACACGUGGACUUCAAAUACUUCUUCUCUUAAGCAGAAGAAAAAGACUGCGUCAAAACCCGCGGACUCACAAACGGACACAGUUUUAAAUAUGGAGUCCCAAAACACGAAUAGGAAUAAUUCUACCGCCCUUCGGUUAGCUAGUCGUCCCGCUGUAGCUGUUAAAGAAGCGCCAACUCACAAAAGAGCACAAUCAAAACCAAGUAAGUUCCUUACCUUACCUGCAGACACUUCUAGAGUAAAGCGGAGGUACUCUUUAAAUGGUGAGAUCAUGGAGUACCAUUGUUACGUGAACUCGUACCACACUGCUGGACUGUGGUCUAAAAGAAGCAUGUCUAUGAAUGGGAUCUUGGGCCAGUCUGAUAGUUCCGACAUGGACAGUGGGAAAGCAACAUGUUCAAGUUCCGAAUGGAUAUUGGAAAGCACUGUGUGAUUAGUUCCUUUUUUUGACAUACAAUUCUAAAGAGAAAAAUACUUAAUUAUUUGGAACACCUUGCUAAAAAAUUCAAUAAUAAAAACAAAACAAAAAAAAAAAAGAAUACAUGGAAAUUCCAUCAAUGGAAAUCAAUGUUUUCAUUUUUGGCUUCUACAAACAGGGUUGUGUAAAAGCCACCUGCACCUGUAAGUUGGCGUUCCAGUGGUGAUACAAGACAAGAUAACAUUUGAAAAUGGUGGAAUAAAAACAUAAAAAAACAGCACCAGUGCCUUCCUUUCCUGUAGGACUGGCUUCCUGGUUCUGCCGCAGCAGAAAUAAAUGGGACUGAGAUCACGUUAAAGGCCUUUCAUAUGGGAAAAUCCUUCAAGCUUUCAACAUACAAAAAAAAAUGAUACAAAAAAAAGACCAGUUAUGGAAGUAUUAGUAAAAAAACAAAAAUAUUUUUUAAGAGACCAGACUGUAUUUAUUUUUGAGUGACAAUGGUGUUGCCUUUAUUUUUAGGCAAAUGCUGUACAGAACAACAACUUCUGUGUUGUUAUGUUGUGUAAAAUAAAAUAUUCAAUAUCUAUAUGAA